UUCCAACUUCCUUCCUACAUCCGCUAUGAAAUCUCUCUCGCCACUUUGCCACUUCCGUACUCCAACCGGACAAAACGUAAAUGGAUCCAAAACCACUGCCUCUCUCUCAUCAAAAUAAUACGGCUCUUUUCUUGCGGCAUUCCAAUCAUAGCGUCGUCGAGCUAACCGAUCAGACUUCCAUAAUUCUGCCGCUGAUGGCUGAACCCAACUACGAGCCUUUAAGGAACUACGAAGCUGCGGACGAACAACCACAGGACGUCGUUCCAGGUGGAAGGAAUAGAGCUACUCGCAUUGCGUCUAUUGAUGUGUUUCGCGGCCUUGCCAUCUUCCUUAUGAUGCUCGUGGAUUAUGGUGGCUCCUUUUUUCCAAUCAUUGCUCAUUCCCCGUGGCAUGGUGUACACUUGGCAGACUUUGUGAUGCCUUUCUUUCUUUUUGUCGCUGGAGUUUCUCUUGCACUUGUUUAUAAGAAAGUUUCAGACAGAGUAGAUGCGACACAAAAGGCACUGAUAAAGGCAUUGAAACUUUUCUUCCUUGGCGUUAUUCUUCAAGGUGGUUAUCUGCAUGGAAUAACUUCUUUGACCUAUGGCGUUGACAUCAAAAGAAUACGUUGGAUGGGCAUCUUGCAGAGGAUAUCUAUUGGAUAUAUCGUCGCAGCUUUGUGCGAGAUAUGGCUUCCAUGUCAAAGGUGGAGGGGAGUAGGAAUUUUCAGGAAUUAUUCUCGUCACUGGUACAUUGCAGGUGCAUUGUUGGUAGUAUACUUGGGAUUGACAUACUGUUUGUAUGUUCCAGAUUGGCAAUUUGAGAUAUUGACUCCAAUGUCUUCUUCGCUUCCGACAAACAGCAGUGUUGUUUACAAUUUGACAUGUUCUACAAGAGGGGACCUUGGACCUGCCUGCAAUGCUGCUGGAAUGAUAGAUCGUUAUGUUCUUGGUAUUGGUCACCUGUAUACAAAACCUGGCUACAGAAACCUGAAGGAGUGCCAAAUUUCCAGCAAUGGCCAAGUUGCAGAGGAUUUGCCUUCUUGGUGUCAUGCUCCAUUUGAUCCUGAAGGUAUAUUAAGCUCCUUGACGGCUGCUGUGACGUGCAUAAUUGGUCUUCAGUAUGGCCAUAUUCUUGCAAAAUUACAGGACCAUAAAGAGCGGUUACACAAUUGGUUAAUAUUUUCGUUUUCUCUGUUGGGCCUUGGUUUGUUCCUUGCCUUUGUAGGCAUUCCUGUGAACAAAUCUCUCUUCACAAUCAGUUACAUGCUGGUUACAUCUGCUAGUGCAGGAAUCACAUUUUCUGCUCUAUACAUAUUGGUAGAUAUUUAUGGUUACAGAUAUUUGACAUGUCCUCUGGAGUGGAUGGGGAAACAUGCUCUAAGUAUUUUUAUUCUCGUAAGUUCUAACUUAGCUGUUAUAGCAAUCCAAGGAUUCUACUGGAAAGCCCCUGAGAACAACAUUGUUCACUGGAUUGUAACACGUUUACGACACUCUUGAUGUUGCGGUCAUUAGGUAAGUAUCCAUGUCCUAGAAACAUAUUGUUUGUCUUCCAACCUAUUUUUUUUGGGUUGAGGCCACAUGGUUUAGAGUUUAGGCAACUGUUGGCAGUUUUGUCAUUUGCGUAGGCUUGGAUCUUGGAUUUGUUCAAACGUUAGAAAAAUGAAAUUGAUAUUCAUUUCAUGGUUGGAAAGAAAAAAUGCACUCCUAACUUUAUACGAGGUAAAGAUAAAUAUUAUUCUGUUUCCCUCA